ACGCUCUCAGUCUUGUCUCUUGAGUUGUGGAGCAGUCAAUUGAGACUAUAGCUGCUACUGGGAAAACUGAGCCCCAUCAGCCCUGACUCUGGAAACCAAGAGGCAACAAAGAUUAGAAAAGAAACACCCUUUUUCUUUUGUUUAAUAUAUAUAUAUAUAUAUACUCUCUCUCUCACACACACAUAUAUAUACAUAUAUAUUUAUAUCUAUAGAAGGGACUUGCUAUACCAAAUACAACCAGAAAUCCAGCAAAGCCGAAUCACCAUGUCAAGAGCACAGAGCCACAUGGAUGAAUGCUACAGCCAGCCACCCUUGUUCCAAAUCUGUACACAAGAAGUUGAGAGCAGCUGUGGCAGUUCAAAGGUGCAGAAGAUGUGUACCUCUAGACGGAUACUGCUGCUUGCACUCACCUUCUUGGCAUACACAGUCGAUUUUGCCUCUGCAUAUAGCCCUGCUGAAACCCUCUGUGGUGGAGAGCUGGUGGACACACUGCAGUUCGUCUGUGGGGAUAGGGGUUUUUACUUCAGUAGACCAGUGGGCAGAAACAGAGGAAGACUCAAUCGUGGCAUAGUGGAGGAAUGCUGCUUCCGGAGCUGUGAUCUCAAUCUCUUGGAAACUUACUGUGCAAAAUCUGUCAAAUCAGAGCGGGACCUCUCAUCAUCUCUUGUAGUCUUACCAGCACUAAACAAGGAAACCUUUCAAAAACCCACUCAUGCCAAGUACUCAAAAUAUGACGUAUGGCAGAAGAAGCCCUCACAGCGUCUACAAAGAGGGGUCCCCAACAUUGUCCGUGCCCGCACGUAUCGAUGGCAAACUGAAGGACUGCAAGAGUCUGAGGAAUCUAAGAUCCAUCAUCCCUUAGUUAUCCUGCCUACCCAAAAGCCUCUUGUUGCGCAAACAACCUCAGAAACAUCAGGCAGCCAGAAGUGAACUGUGAUGAACAAGUUGCAAAAUGGAUUCUUUAUGCUUUUUUCCCCAGUCUCAUGGGAUGCAUUUCCCAGGCCUGGCCCCACACCCUUUUAUCUCUCUCAAACCAAGGUGUGGGGGGUGAAUGCCCUUUCAUUCCAAGGAGCGACAACAAAGGGCACCAUAACACCAAACAAUUGACAUAGAAAGAACAGGAUUACAACGUCAGCAGCAGCAGCAACAUUUCUGUGGCAUUGUCCUUAAUUUUUUAAAAAAAUAUAUAUUUGUUGGUUUUGUUCCUUUCCUACCCAGUAUUUGCAGCCUUUACUUAAAAGGGACAGUUAAGGCACUUGAACUACUUAAUAUUGGGCCACUGCCUUUCAGUCCUUGUUCCAACUACAGAAGAAAGAGCAAGAGAAGAAAAUGAAUUGAAAGAAGCCCAGUUUUGUGUCUUUCUUGACAAUAAAAGUGAAAGCGGGGGCUAGGCAUAUGAGGGUUUUAGCUUCUGGCCUCAUUUCCACCCCUUUUUUAAAAAUCCACAAUCACAGUAUAUGUUUGAGGGGAUUUUUUUUUUGCACGCUCUAAAAAAAAGAAGAAAUUACGAGGUCCACUACAUUCUUGUUUUGUUUUAGUUACACAAUUCCAAAUGUACUUGCACCUUUGAAAUCACCGAUGAAGUGAGAGAAAUAAAAGAAAGUGUGAACGCAAGUUCACUUUAAUGGAGGCGGCGUCUGCAUUGCACAUUUGCCACGGAUUUAGUUGAAUUAUAUAAAAUAUAUAUUAUAUAUAACUUUUUUUGGCAGAAAAGCACUAUUUUUAAUGGGACCAUUUUUUGUGUAGUAACUGAAGAGGGAUUGUAAUGUUUAAAUGUUGUUAUGGUGCUAAUGUAAGUUGGAAGGGGAAAAAUGAACCCAGAAAAUUACAAGGGUGGGGUGGGAAGGACAAGAUCUCGAAUACUGAACUUGAAAUUUUUAGCUUUUCGUUUUAGGAAAGUGUGAUGUGUGUUCGUUUUUUUUUUUUCUCUUCUGAAAUAUAGCUUGGUCAUGACCAUAUGAGCUAAUUGCGUUUCACUCAUAUACACAAAAUGCACGCACAUGCAGAAACACAUAAAUACAUCUAUAUGAAUUUUAGAUCAAAAGAAUUUUUCCUUAAGUCCUUCACACAUUCUUCAAUAGCCAGAUCUAAAGCAUGCCUGCUACAAAGGCAUAUGCAUGCGCUUUGUGAGUAAUCCCAUUCUGUUUCAUGAAACUGUACACUGUACAUAGGGCACCCAUUGGCCUUUGCAGGGUGAGGGUCACCAUCCUUCUACCAGGAUUCAUCAUUUUUUGCUGCUUCUUCUCUCUCUCUCCCUCUCCCCCUCCCCCCCCCACCUUCUCCCUGACCUGAUAUUCCAGUGAGUAUAUGCAGGCUUCACAUUUGGAAAAAAGGUAAAUUGUUGUUGCUCAGAUAUGCCUCUUGGGUGGCGGAGAGAAUAGAUCAAGACUGACCAUCUCCUUAUUUUGCUGCUUCUUUCCUUCCUUGUCAAAAGGGGAAGGUGAGAAAUUCUUUUCUUUUGUGCCACCUCAUGUUGGCACCAAUAACAGAUAAUCCACUUAAAGCAUCAUCCUUUCUUCUCUGCCAAGAGAGGGUUGUAUCUUGAGUGCAAAAGAUCCAUUCAGGGAGGAAUAUGGUAACAUAAAUUGGAAGAAAGGGUGGGUCCUCUCAUUGCCACAUAAUUUCUGAAGUGUAAGAGGGACAUUUUAGAAUUUCCUUAUUCCCAUCCUUUUGAAUGCAAAACAAGAAUGUGUUGAUGUAUCAAGGAUGGGGAAAUUUAACAGCCAAUUCUUUGAAGCUUAGGACUAGGUUGGAGAGGUGCAGAGAAGAUUAUCAAAAUAGAAUGUUACAUAAUUAGCCGCCGUCUGAUCUACAAACCAUAAGAACAGGGGAAACCAAUACCCCCUAUCAUAUAUACUCAAAUACUUAGAAAAAGGGGGACAUCUAAUCAGUUCUGUACCUGCUUUGCCUUAUAUAUCUGUACAUUUAAAUAACAUAAAGACUACUUGAAUUGUAUUCUGUUGUUUAAAGAAAGGGUAGGUUUUUAAUAUGUUCAUUUUUAAAAAAAUUUUAAUGUUACUUUGCAAUGUUGAGCCAUGAAGCCUUUGGGUUUUGUUUUUGUUUUGUUUUCCAUGGCACUGCAAUACACAACAAAAAUUCCCCCCUCCUUAACCAUUUACAAGAAAAAAAAUAAAAGCAGCCCAAGUUUAAAAGUGUUGGGGCGAGGGACAAAAAAGGAUUUUAAAUGUUAUUCUGUACUUGCAAAACGAAAGCUUUCUUAGAAGCUCUUUACCAAAAGAUCCCACUUUUUAAAAAAACAACAACAUGUAAAACAGUCACUCAAGAGUAUCAAGCUUUUUAGCUCAUUUUUGUACAUGCUAGGAUAGAGCGAGGAACAAGGGCGAUCACUUCCUUCAAAGUAUAACACUGAUGAAAGAGUAAAAGGAAUUGAUGCAUUGUCUGGACUCAGUUUUGUAAUAUUCUUAACAGAGCCAGUCCUGAUAAUGCAAAGCAGUUAAGUAUGUACUUGCUUUGAGCCUAUGGAAUGUUAGUCAAAGUCAGUGGAAUGUCCAUAAAGUCAAAUAUACCCUUAAGUGCUUGCCAGCUGGAGGAAAUAUUAACAGCCAAUAGAUGGGUUUGGGGCUCUGCAAAAAAAAAAAAAAAAGGGGGGGGGGGGGAGAGUAUGAUUGUCAAUUGGCUUAGAAAUAUUUGCAUCUUGAAAGCUGGUUCACUGUCCAUCUAUCUGUUCUAGAAGAGCCCAAUUCAUGGCUGUCUCCUUCCAUUCUGUAAUCAUGUACCUUACCGUUGGGAUGAUAUAAGAGUUUCUAGAAUGCUUGGGUAACAUUUUUUCUUAAAAGUAAAGCAACUGUAGAUUCAAGGUCAAAUUAAUCAAAUGUACCCAAAUUCUAGGAUAAUAAAUCCCAGAACAUUUACAGCUAGAGGCAUGUUUUUGAUUCAAGAGAGAGCCCCUACUGAGUCAUUUUCUUGAGCAGAUCCAGGCCUCAGCUGGGAAGUUGAGCUGCAACUUGCAAGAAUACUCUAAAAGCCGUAAGAUGAGCAAAACUAUGGAGUGUUGUGCUGGGUUGUAUUUUUGUUGGUUGGCUUUCCUUUCUAGGCCCACAUGCAAUCUUUAAGGCUAUAGUCCUAUGCCUGCUUAUUUGGGAAUAAGUGCCAUUAAAUGAAGUGGAACUUUCAUCAAGCAUGCAAAAGAUUGGACUGCAUCCUUUAUGUAAAACUAGCAGCAAUGCAACCAGAGGAUGUGUUCUAGGACUGGUAUAUUUAAAUACACCAAAGGGAACACUCAGUUGGUCAUUCAUACCACCUAGGUGCCUUGGAAAUACCCAUCUGAAAAUAAUUCAAUCAAACUGGCCCAGAAGACCUUGCAUAACCUGUACUAAGGCAUGCAAUGUUUGAGUGAGUGGUAGGAAGGAUGUGGAUGUCUUCAGGACUUCUGUUGCAGUGAUCAAAAUCACAAUUUGAUGAGGUUUCUCUUGUACCAGAAAAUUUAUUGUGGGAACAAACUCCUCCCGAAGGAGUAAUUUUACAUGAUCCUACUUUACAAGGGAGAGAAAGGGUGUUAAUGUUAUAGGAGAAGACCCUCUGAGCACAAUCCACUGGGAGAUAGAUGUAAAAUCCCAUCAUUGGUGUAGCACAACUGAUUCUUGUGGCAUUUUAUAAGUUUACAAAUUAUAGUAUAUUAUGCAGGGGGCAGGGUAGGGUGUGGGGAACCCACCCUUUAAAAUGAACAUUAGAAUAUUGCUGGAAAACAUACUAGUCUGUUCUCUUCCUCCUUUCAGUGCAUAGCCACAGCACCUGAGGGAUGGAGCAUGGUCCCCCUAACCAGUUCCACUGUCUUACUGUCCCAUAACAGCUUCAUUCAUUUCAUCCUGCCUGAUUGCAAAGGCUCAGUCUUUUGGUGAUGGACCUAGCUGCCUCUGCACUAAAUGAAGGGAAGAAUUGUAUUUUGUUGUUUUUAAAAACUCUGUGUGUGGGGUUUUUUUGUUUUUGUUUUUUUUUGUCCUAUGUAUUAUUGUCUGCAAGUUUUAUAUGAUGGGGAGGGAGUGGGGAAGGGGUGGGGAAAUGGGUGUUGAUGUAUCUUGAAAUAUUUCACUUGUGUACACUCAAUAUGCAAGAGUCAAACUGCCCGGAAUUCUGCACCUAUUGUACUUUUCAUUCAUAAUACAGUAUCAAUAAAGCAAUCAACUUAUAAGGUU